AUGACUUCUCGCGUCAAAACGUGCGAGACCUGCGCCACGGCCAAGAUCCGCUGCUUGCGGUCGCCGGGGGCCGCCAUCUGCGACCGCUGCGCGAGGCUGAACAAACCGUGCUAUUUCCGACCAUCUCGAGUCCGGCAGACAUGGACCAAGAAAGAGACACGCCUCGAGUCUCUGGAGAGAAGAGUAGACCAGCUGCUGGGCCAGUCUCAAAGCCAUGCCUCUCCUGAGGAGAACUCUGGAGAUGUCAUUGACAAAGGCAUCCUCUCGCUGGACGACGCUGCUGCCCUGCUGGACUAUUACCUGCAGUACAUGAUGCCGCACUUCCCCUUCGUUGCUCUCCCUGAGCGAGCGACAGUCGGCGAACUUCGCGAGCAGAAACCGUUCCUCUUCCUGGCCAUUCUGUCGGUUUCCGUGAUGGAGGACCGGGCGCUGAAGCGAGCCCUAGACGACGAGGUCAGGACCGCCACGGCCGAUAGAACGGUGCUGCUGGACAAACCGCCCGCUCUGGAAACAGUGCAGGGUCUGCUAGUAGUCCUCGCAUGGUCCCAGCACCAGGCCUCACGGCGAAUCGGUCCGCAGAUUUUCGCCCCGUUCCUCCAUCUCGCCAUCGGGCUCGUGGUCGACCUGGAACUGGAUCGCCCGGUGGAAGUGCGUAAAUUCGCUGGCCGCAUGAGUGUCCACGAAACACGCAGCGAGCCACGUCCGCCUGCUGUGUUGAAGGCCGAGAAGAGGGCUGUGCUUGGAUGCUCCUUUCUCUCUUCAAGCUUUGGAAUCAUCACGCAGAGAAAGGUCACUUUGCCGUGGACUGCGCAUAUGGAGCGCUUCGCGAUUGAGCUGGCGCAGGAUCCAGACUACGACGGUGACCGGUCCAUCAUGCACCUGGUGCGCCUGCAGCACAUAUUCGAGGAGAUGGACAAGGUGUCCUCAGAAUCAGAAGACACGAGCAUGUCUGGCACAGCUUUCCAGCGCACCUUCAGGACUUUUAAGUCGCAACUACAAGACUAUGCGGAUCAACUGUCCCAGCAAGUGGCCGGCAGCAACUACCUCCUCGCAUCGCAACUGAACACCGUCAGCCUCUAUCUCUGCCAAGUCAGCCUCUUCGACAGAAUGUCCACCUCGUCCCAACUCCCCUCCGCCUUCCGCGCAGAGAUCCUAGGCCACGGCCUCACCGCAGCAAAAGCCCUCUUCUCAUCCCUCGCCCAUCUCCCCAUGGGCUCCGAGCGCCGCAUGAGCUACUCCGAAUGGCUCCAAUCCGGCUUCAGCAUGAUCCUCUCCUGCAAGCUCUCCCUAAUGGCCGUCUCCGACGAAGUCCUCCGCACCAACCACCCACAGAUCCAAUCCCUCUGCAACGAGCUAGACAUGCCCCAGAUUCUGCGGAUAUGCGUUGUGCGUCAGCAGUCGCAGGAACCGCGCUCAGAGGCCCGCAAGACCGGAUUCGAUUAUACGGGGUGGCUGCAAUACGUCGAGGAGUGGUUCGGGCGGCACCACCACGGAUACACUUCUCGACAGCGGGGGACACCUGUCCCUGGGUCUGAAGUCCCUGAUAGUACAACUGCCUCCCGAGCUGGACUUGGAACUGGGCCUGGCUCUGCAACUGGAAUCCCUGCGAAUACUACUGCUACUGCCAUCCCCGUUACCUACCCGCCACCAGCACCAGCGCCAUUCAUGAGCGAUGUGUCCAGCGGGCUGGAUCUCCCCGUGACGGGUGAUAUGCUACCCUGGACUUCGUUUCCGGAUUUCUGGAUUACCGAGAAUCCGCUGGCCGGAUGGAUGGAUCUCGGUCUUAUGCCUAUGUAA